AUGUGGCACUUGCGCUUCGCUUUGGUUCUGUUGGGCCUGGCGAUUGUGUGCUGGGCAGACACCCUGGUUCAGCUCAAUGUGAAUCGUCCUUAUAACGAUGUGAAUGAGAAAUUCGUGAGUUUUGCCGUCCGGCCGGAGGAUCUGUACGAUGCUUUGGAUGGCAAGAAUCGCAAGGCGGUGACCAGUUUGGCCAAUCUACUAGGAGAUGCGCACAUCAAGUUCGUGGGAGAUUUCUACUUCGCCAGUAAUGCCCCGACUAGACUGCGAAACCCCACCAAGAUUAUCUGGAAGGGAUUUAAUCGCUGGACCAAGGCCGUAAACUGGACCAUGAUUAUUCCAGUGCCAUAUGCUCCAGAUGAAUGGGACUCCAUGCACACGCUCAAGAUCCUGAACACCUCCUAUAUGGUGGGCAUCACCGACUGCAUCUGGCAGCUGGGCACCGAUUUUGGCACGUCGAGGGCCAAGGAUUACGUCCAGGAGCUGCGAACCCUUAAACUGAUGACGGAUACCUUUAAACCAUAUGUGGAUGACUGGCGGCUUAUGGGAGCGGAUAUUUCUGCAGGAAGCAGUGCGGAUGAAACUAAGAGAUAUGUGGAUAUGUCCAAGGAUCUGAAUACAGCAUUUGGGUGGACACAGCCCGCAAACAUGCUGCCCAAGUCAAGUUUGGGUAGCUACCUGUACGACAGCGAUCCUGCCCUGCGAAUCCUCCAGCAACAGCGGGUUCCGCUAUGGUUGACGUUGCCCGAGGAGCGAUCCUCGCAGAGAUUAGUGGGCGACGAGACCACGGAUGCCCUGCGAUGGGCCCAAACGCUGGGGGAUGCGGCCACCAGUGGAUUCGAUGUGAUCUUCAAGCGCAUGUCCCUAUUGGACUUCGAGCGACCCAACUUCAGUCUGUAUGUAACUGCCCUGUUCAAGAAGGUCAUGGGAUCCAGGGUGUUUCCAGCCCGACCCCUGAAUGUCUUUGCGCCGAGCAACAAGCUGUACACCCAUUGUGCGAGUGCCGUAUCCGGGGGAUUGGCUUUUAUGGUGGUCAACACUGAGGAUCAGCCCAACACGAUUACGGUGAAGAGUUCUAACCACUUGACUAGCAGCGAGAUUUGGCAGUAUGUGCUGACUGGUCUGGAUCAAAGGGUGCAGCUGAACAAUGUUCGUUUACACCUGAACGCCACUUUGCGUCCCUUGAUCAAGCCAAUAGAUCCAAGUAAACCCCUGCAGUUGAUCACGCCCAGCAUGUCGGUGAGCUUCUGGGUAUUGCCCGAUGUAAACCUGGAACAUUGCCAAUUCACGGAAAUGGAAGCGGGUGAUUCCAGUGGCGAAUCCUCCAAGGAGAAGCGCCGUUCAUCCCGAUAUAGCUCUGCCGAUCGAUUACUCCAGCGUUUGAUCGAGGAAACUGCCGUAGCCCGGGGUUCUGUGCAGAGUUCCAUCAAUCGCAACCGCCGCUUUGUCAUUGAUAAGGAGGAAACCCCGGGCACCCUGCUCGAGCGCCUGCUGGAGCAUUUCAAGGAUGACAGUCCGACGAAGAGAGAUUCGGACGAUGGCAAGGAGAAGUCGGUAAAGCCCCAUAAAGCUUUGGCCUGGUUAUAUCGGGUGCUAGAGCAGACCCACGAUCUGGGCAAAAAGCGGGCAAGACGUAGCACAUCCAGCUAUUCGGGACCCUUCUUCUACAACCGUCAGGGUAAGAAAACGGCAUUGACCAAGAAGAUUACGGAGAUCCGUAAGCCCGAAAGGAAGAACAAGCCCCUCUUCGACUUUGACGAGUUCGAUGAGGAGAAGUUCUUUAAGCGGAUCGGAGAGAAAUCAGAGGAAACUCCCACUUAUACCAGGCUGCCAGAAGGUGAUGUCCAUCUAAAGAAUAUAGAGAGUGUGGAUGGCGAGGAAAACGAGCAGGAAGCUGAGCCAGAGGUACCCAAGUUGCGCCGAACCAAGUCCAAGAACCAGCUGAAGAUUAUUAAACGAGUUGAGGAGGAGGAAAACAGACAGGAACAGGAGCCAGAGCAAUCAGAAGGCGCUGCCAAGUUGCGUCUACUUCCCACGGAAUUCUUCGAGGCACUGCCAGCUCCCAAGCCCAAUAAGCGAUUGAAUUUGGGAGCCACCUUGAACUCUCUGCUCUUUCCGGAACCCUUCUCCAGCAGGGCUACCAUGGCCAAGGGUACUCCAGCUAAACCUAAACCUGUUGAGGAGCCCGAAGACGAUGUAGAACCCGUACCGAGUGCCAGAAGACGGCACUCUAGGAUUGGACAUGUAGCUAACGAUUUUCUGCAGGCACAAAAAGAGCUGGGAAAGCAUUUCCUGGGUCACAUAAACGAGCAUGAGCACGAGUUUUCACUAGGCGAUGAGGCCAUGCGGGAAAGUUCCCUGGAAUCGGGAGAUUUUGGAAAGAAAUCCCCUGCUCAGGACCUAUUUGGAACCAAGAAAGCAGCCCCAGCUCUGCAUAAGAAUCUUCCCCAGAAGACGGCCGACGAAGGGAUCACCACCUCUUGGUGGGAUCUACCUGCAAUGCGAAGGCGUCGUGCCAUACCGCCUAGCAAUUCAAUAGAAGAACUCCGCUCCAAUGGCAUAGACAAAGCGGAUCGCGAGGAGAUGCUGCCCCUGGGCAGGUACACCUUCUAUGAAUACAAGGUGGAUCAGAGUUCAGAGAAGGAUGCCAGUCAACCCAAAGAGGAGAAGGAGUCCAAGAUCAUGAAGAUCAGCAAGACUUCUGGCAAGGAUCGCAGUAUAACAGCCAUCUCUGAAAGUCUCGUGAGCUCUGUUAAAUCAAAGGUCUCCCGCUUCAUCAACAUCAUCUCCAACCACAUGAACGAGUGGUACAAUACCCUAACCAAGCACCUCGAUGCGGACACAGAACCCCAAAAACACGCGUAGGCAAAACAGCAUCGAGAAGUAGAAACAUUUAUCUUACGAAAUUUAAAUAACUUGUGUAAACUAUCACCAUUAAAACGUAAUGUAAAUAUGUACUAUUCUUAGUGGCAUUUAAUGGAACCUUAUUUGUGCGAUAACUCUCAGAGAAUUAUCUCUUUCAAAUGAAAAACACAGGACUUAGGCAACAAACUAGAUGGGCUUAGACUAAGCUUUUGAUAGAUUAUUGAGCUUUCUAUUUUAUACCUAUUCAAAUACUACUUAAUUAAUAAAAAGAAAUACAAAAAAUA